CUUAUCUUGUUACUAACGAAAUAAAUUAUUCCAAUUAACUGUAUUAUUUGGAUACAAAGUAGGGCAGAAACGUUUUGCUAACUUUUUUCUCUUGUGUUGAAACGACUUUUGAGGUGCAUCUACAGUAUUACAAUACGCAGAUUUCGUUUUUUGGUGAGAGUGCAUGCAAGAUAAUAACGCAAGUUAAGGUUAUUCAAUUACAAGAUGAUAGAUAACAUUACACGACUGAUCAUUUAUUAGUCAUUGAUAGACACAUAAUCUCUUGUAUUGCUUAUUUGUGAUAACAUGUGUGAGACUGUACUUCCUGCAUCGUUUGUCACUUAAUUAUGUAUUUUUCACUGACCAAGCGGAUGAUCUAAGCAAUGUAUAAUAAUCUAAUUGAUAUGAAGGUACAUUGGAAUCAAUCUUAAAAUUAUCAUUGAAAUUUGUUGGCUUUUAUAAAUUGGAAAGGAUACAAAAAUGAGUAAAAUUCAAAAUGAAGCUAUUAUGCAAGAGAUAAUGGUACUUGGAAAGCUCCUGCAUCAGAAUGGAGAAAAAGUAUUAAAUGCAUCUGGCAAACUCUCUUUGUCAACUACUUUACUAUAUAAUUUAAAUGAAGCUUUUUCUCUGAUCGUCGAUGGAUGUGAAAAUUUAGAAGCUUCAUUUCAAGUAUGCAACAGCUCAAAAAUUGACAUUUUCCGUGACCUGAAAUUUCUACAUGACUUUGUGCAGAAGACAAUUGGACUAAAAGUGACUUAUUGUCCAAGCAAUCCUAAGAUACCCAUUGAUAUUACUAAAUUUAGGUGUUUGAAAUAUCUAGAAUUAAAAAAAAUUAACAUUGAUACUGUAAAAGGACUCAGAAGUGUUAGAGGCCAACUUGAAAGCAUUGUUUGUACUGGUAGAAAAGGAGUUUGUACCGUAAAACAACUCUUGGUAAAUUGUGGUGGUGAUACUGGUGUUGGGUUUGUAUGGGGUUCUUUGAGACAUUUGGCAUUACCACACAAUGCUCUUGAAAAAUUGGAUACAUCUUUAGAGUUAGUACCAUGGUUACAAGUAAUAGAUUUAAGUCAUAACUUGAUAACAUCUGCAGAUGAAUUAUCUUGUUUACCAAAUUUAAAACAUGUAAAUCUUGGAUAUAAUAAACUUGAAGCAGUACCCACCUUUAAUGAAGCUGCAUCACGUUUAUUACAAGUACUAGUUCUGAAGAAUAAUUACAUAGAAAGUUUAAAUGGUUUGCAAAGUUUGGAAUGUUUAACAGCAUUAGAUUUAUCUUACAAUUGUUUGAUGGAACAUUCAGUCUUGUGGCCUUUAGAGAAAAUGUCUGUUUUGUUAUGGGUAUCCUUAAAAGGCAAUCCCUUGUCAUAUCAUCCAAAACAUCGAUUAUUAUCCAUAAAACAUUUACAUCCAUGUUUGAGUGAUAGCAAGUUGGUUGUAGAUCAUUCAUCACUUUCAAGAUUAGAGAAGCAAAUUAUUGCAGAAAAUCGAUUCUUUAUCGUCAGAUCUGAAAAAUCCGUGUCGAACGAGUUACUCAACUCAGUGUCAAAUUCCUUAAAUUCUAGUAGUUUACUUACAUCUAUUAACACGUCUACGAUUAGUGAUUUUGUAGCAGGAACAUCUGCAGAAGGGACAGGUAGCAUGGAAAAAAGUUUUUCUAAAAGUAAAAAGAAAUCAAGCAUAAAGGAAGCAGUUAUCGCGGAAGUCGAGCAAGAAAAAGAUGAUUUAAAAGCAGAUCGUAGUAUUUCUUGCUUAGAAAUUUCAAAAGGACAUUUAGAAACAAAAAAACAAAUUUUGGAGAUACGAAGAAGAUAUGGAGAAGAUAAGUGGUUAAGUAGUCAAGCUGGCACAUUUGUUCAAGAUAUUAUGGGAAUACAACCUCCGACAUAUUCAAUAACAUCGGAAUUUACGAUAGAAAAUUUAAACGCUAAAGAUAUUGUGCAUAGUAUUGAAGAUUCUGUGAAUCUUUUGAUGAAAGAUACACACAUUGAAUUAAACGAUAAAUCUGAAUCUUUAAAGCAAGAAAUUAAUGAAUUUAACGACGAAAAAAAUAGAAGUAAAGUAUUAACCGAAGAAGAGAAUAUUUCUGAGGUUUUAUUGAACAAUGACACAAGCGUUCUUGAGAAUCUAUCUGAGCCUCCUUAUGAUCCAGAACAAGAAGUUGGGAAUUUGUACCGGGUUCAAAAAAGGAAAAAUUCAAACGAAUUGGAAGAUUUGUUUUUAAUAAUAACAACACAUGUUAUUCGAGAGAGAGAUUCACUUACUGGGAAACUGAGAUGCUGUUGGUCAACAAGUUCUGUAUUAUCGUGUGUACUUGGUAGAAGUGAACCAGUGACAGUAGAUAUAAUUUUCGAUACCACACGCGAACAUCGUAAAAACAGGAGAUAUUUCGUAGAACCAAACAUUGCAAAAGAAAUAGUUCAAAUAAUUAACGAGAGAAUAGAAAAAAGAACGAUAUUGUUGAAAGUUUUUAAAUGUAUGAAAUGUUCAACUCAUUUUUCCCAAGAUUCAGAAUAUAUUUUCAUAAGUUCAUCUGCAUCAGUUCCAGGUACAAACCAAUUGAAAUGUCCCACCUGUGGAAGUACUUUAGUUAUAGAAACAGACGAAUUAUCGAUGUUGGAUAUGGAAAAUGAUACUUCUAAAGGUUUAUUGGAAAGCGUAACCAAAAAUCAACAUUCUGAGAAUUCAGUAAAAACCAAUCUACAACAUUCUGAAUCUUCUUCUAGCAUUGGUGGAGCGGGGGUACGAGCUAUAUCCGUCACCACUCCUUUGGUGCACUCCGACUCUCACAUCCAAGCUCAAGUUCGCUGUUCAGCAACAAGUUUAGAGGAAUCAAGAGAAUCAACACCAUCUGCAAAUGUACUAGAUAAAAAAUAUGAAAGUGAUAUAGAAGUACUCAGCAAUCCAAGUGAAAGUAGCAUUGAAGUUCUAGAUGAUGGGUCAAGAACACAUCUUACACCACAUAGAAAGCGUUCUUCGGAGGAAAGACGUGCUGCAGUUGCUCCAUGUCUUUUAACAAUACCAGAUGCAGCACCAAUCAUGACUGGUUUAACAGAGAGUAGCUCUUCAGGUUCUUUAACGAAUAGUAUUUGUACCGCAUAUGAAAACAAAGCAAUGAGACAAAUUAGUGCAGAUGAAAAAUCCCUUAGUAAUAAUGAUAAAGAGACCAAAUCUACGCCAGUAACAAAUUUAACUUCUAUGCUAGGAGGACUACUUCAGAGUAUAAAAAUUGGCAGUAAUAAACCAUUAGAGCUAAAAACGGAAGAAACAUCGCAUUUAAUGGGUAGUAAUAUCCAGUAUUCUUAUGAGGAUUUCAGUAGUAUAGAUCAUAGAAUAAAACUACACAUCAUUUUAAAUAUAUUUGAACAUGAAAACGAAGAGCUUAUUCUUCUUCUCAGGGCAGAGAUCCUAAUGCAAAAUACAAAAGAUACAUUUCCUGGUUGUGUGGUUUUAUCUACAUCGAAAGUUUAUAUUCUUAAAAUUGUUGGACCAGAAGGAGAAGACCCACAACGCUGGUUGCAUAAAGAAAUUAGCUGGACUAUAGAUAGAUUAAGACGUUUCUCUCCGAUACCAUUUAAGCAAGGUGUCUUGAUUGAAUUAGAACAACCUAACAAAACAAAUGACGAAUUGAAUUCUACUAUUACAUUUUUAUGCGUUUUACAAGACUUACAAAGAACGCUCAACUUUUUGCUUUAUGUUACUGAUUUUUUAUUACCACCGAUUUGUGAAGAAGUCGAACUCAAAAUAUCAGAACAUUGUACUUCUUUAAUACAUGAAUUAUUAAAAAAUUGCAAAAACUACCAAGAUAAAGAUACUAUUAGGCACCUUGCUUUAUUCUCUUCUGCCUUGUUAAAAUAUCAAGACCUCGAAAUUCAGCUGAAAUUAUCAAGCUUAAUAGUGACUACUUCCGUCUUGGUAAUAUGCAAUAUGCAGUGGCUUCUUCCAGGCAACAAGGAGUUGCCACAGAUAAUAAGAGAACAAGCAAUGAGCAAUUUGAUUGGAGUUGAACAUUAUAGCUCCUCAAUAACUUUGAAUUUCUUAGAUGAAAUAAUAGGACAAGAGGAAAGGUGGGUUUUAGACUUCGUUUCUAUGAGUGCUGCUGAAAUAGUCAUUACUUCUAUACGGUCUCCAUGGGAGGAACUGUUUUCAAUUCCCUUACAAAAUAUGGUUUGUAAAUCACAAGAUAGCGAAAACGCAUAGAACACUGAUAUGUACAGGAAAGUAUUCUAGUCGUAUAAAACACGUCAUGUGAACUUUUAAACGAGUAUAGGUUCAUUAAAUCAAAUUAAUAGUUUACGCAAUUUUGAUGUGUUAGUGAAACUCAUAGUUAAUUUGUACAGAAAUUGUAAUUUCACCAAAUGACCACAUAGAAUAGUAUAUUAUUUGACUAAUAAAAAUAUAUAAAAAUUAUAAUAUAGCAAAUAUUAUAUCAUAAAUAA